GGUGACUAAUACAUGUGGUCAAUGCGUGAAUUCAAAGCGUGCAGAUAUUUAGUGUGCAUUAUUUUGUUACCAAACGUAUUACAACAAUGGCGGGCGGGUUAUCGGCGUACGUCUUCAACGAGCGAUUUUGGUUUCCAGCGAAUGUUACUUGGGCCGAUCUCCGAAGCACCGAGGAUGUGAGAUACCCACAGAUUGAAGAUGUCAAAUAUGUGGCCAUGUUGGCGAUCGCGCUCGUCAUUAUCAGAUUAUGCCUCGAGAGGUUAAUAUUUUCCCCGAUCGGCGUUGCCAUGGGGAUUCGGGUCACCAGCGGUUACAAGCCGGUGUCCAACCUGAUCCUGGAGAAAGCAUUCCUGUCGGUCACACGCAACCCUGACCACAAGCGGCUUGAGGGACUGGGCAAGCAGUUGGACUGGUCAGUUCGCCGGGUGGAACGCUGGUUCCGCAGACGUCGCAACCAGGAGCGGCCGUCGCCGCUCAAGAAGUUCACUGAGAACUCGUGGCGUUGCGCAUUCUACACAUUUGUCUUUCUCUAUGGGAUCUAUUACCACCCACAAGAGGAUUGGUUCUGGUCAUCCCAAAUCUGUUGGCUCAACUUCCCGUACCAUCCUUUGACAACCCCUCUCUUCAACUACUACCUUCUAGAGUGGUCCUUCUAUAUCUCCCUUCUCUUGUCGCUCUUCACAGACGUCCGGAGAAAGGAUUUCGUUGCCAAUGUGAUACACCAUAUCGCCACAGUGUUGUUGAUAUCCUUCUCGUAUAUCUGCAACUUCACCCGCAUAGGUUCCCUAGUCAUGGUCAUACAUGAUAUCUCAGAUAUCUUUCUGGAGGGUGCCAAGGUCGCUAACUAUGCUGGGUUCGUCAUUUUUGCACACAUACUUUUUGUAUGUUUUGGUGUCGUGUUCUUUCUCACUCGAGUGCUACUAUUUCCUUACUGGAUACUGAGCAGUAUAAUCAUUGAUAGUCAUAUGUUGAUCGGGGCCUACCCUUCCAAGUAUUUCUUCACUGCAUUGCUGUGCACACUGUACGCCCUCCAUCUCUACUGGUUCAGUAUUAUCCUGUCCAUGGUGUACACUGGCCUCACGAAUGGGAAGCUGGAAAAUGACUCCCGUAGUGACGUAGCCGAAGAUACGGAUUUGGAGAGCUCUGAGGACGGCAAGAGCGCAAAGAAAAACGGGGCCAAGACAAAUUCGACCCAUGGAAACAGCGUGGCCAAUCACCAUUGAGUACAGGGAUCAGUUUACCGUAAAAAGCAUUCUUCGAGGACUCUGAGAAGGACUGAAAAUGCGACAAUGGUGACAACUUCUAAUUGGUGUUCUGCAAAACUUGCUUGCAGCUGUCACAGUAGCGUACUUUAGAAUAAUAAUAAAUUUAUUUGAAACUGUAGCCUUGUCCAUACUAGUUGUCGUAAACGUCGUAGGGUCAGACAGUGUUGUAUACAUGUAGGCAAGUCCUUCACAAGUCUGGUUAACAGUAAGUCUCAAGUCCGGUCAGAAGUAACACGGGAUGAACAAUGACAAAAGAAUGUCCUCUGUGACGGAUCAUUUGACUAGCUUGUGGCUUGACUUGGGACUGCAGGACUUGUGAGGGACUUGUGAUUGACUCGACUACAAAAAUAUGGUAUUUAAGAAGCAGUUGUUGUAAAUUGCGAUACAUACCCCAGGGUACAUUAUAAAUGAAUUGAACAGCAAUUUGUACCUAGUUUUUUGUAAUGACACCAGAGGCUUUAAGGUGGUGAUAACAGAAUUUCCUUUUUUUUCUUUCUCUCUUUUUUUUUUUUUUUAAAACUAAGUAUCGUUAUUUAACUUCAUACUCUAGUCAAAGGUGCGUAGAAUGAAUUGAACAAAAGAUGCCGUUGUUAUGUGCAACGUCCAGUGUGUGAGUUCCCAUUCUCCCCAGUAUUACUGUUUUUUUCCCCCAGCUGGUAUUCCUUGCGAUGAAGGAUAACAGUGCAAUGUGAACACAAAUAGAAUAUGCGACACUCAGUGGGUUUACAUUGUGCUCUAAAGUUCUUGAGACAAACCUGAACCCUUAAAGGUAGAGUAGAUCAUUUGCAGUAAUCCAAAAAGUAACUGACCGAAUUAUUGUUGAAAAGCUUACUCGGUUAGUCUGUCAAAUCUUACAAUAAGGAUAAUUCUGUCUUCAAUGUUUUUAAAUGUCUUCACACUUAACAGCAGGUAUUGCUACAAGACUAACAGCUUUUAUUUUUGUAAACAAUUGCCAUCUUAUUUUCACCCUAAAAGGUUGGAUCAGUACUUUGAAUUUAAACCCCUUCUGUUUUGUAUUUACUUUUUUUGUAAAAAGUUUUCUCUUCCAUUUGAAAGAAAGGAAAACAGAAAUCAAGUGAAACUUCUGCAGCUGCCCACUUUUUCUCACAUUUGAUUUUGGAGAGACAUUUUUGAAUUUUAGUGUUUUUUCAGACUUUUUGAUGUCAGACUUUUUGUCUCAGAGUUAAAUCAUAGCCAAGUUUCUUGAUAAGCUUUUCAUGUUGUGAUGGAGUAUUGUGGCAUUUUUGUUCACGAUUUUUUUCUGAGAUAUUGCUGAACCGUUGCACCCUAGAAGUCAAUGCCACUUCACUGCGCUGCAGUUUUUGUAAACAAAUAUCCCAUCAUAUAUAUUCACAUAUUUAUUGUUUAUUUAUUAUUUGCAAAUAAACUUGUACGUAUGUAAUAUUCUUUAGCCUUUCUGACUUGGAUAACUGAGGGCACUUUUGCCUUGAGAAUUACUCUCCAUUAUAUCUGUUAAAAUAUAUAUAUAUUUGUUGAUCCAUCCAAAGUAUUGUACUGCCAGUAUUUCUCUUGAACAGCGCCCUCUUGUGAAUGUUUUGUAACUAACUCUUUAGAUCAAAAGUGCAUUACUUUUUUGUGUGAUGUAUGUGAUACAACAGAUCAGUUCAAUUCAUAAAUUAAAUUGAACAGUGAUCCUAUUUGAGAGCAAAUACUUAGUUUAAGUUCUUGGAAAAAUAGUAUUUUGGUUCAUCGGUGAUACUCGCCACCCCCCCCCCCCCAAUUCUUUGAAUGCGGUUAUUACCACUGUGGUGAGCCUGAAACUAUUAUGGGUGACCAAACUGGGUUUAAAAGUGUGUAUAUGUAUGUACAUGAGUUUUGAUUGUAUCUUUUGCUCUCUUUUUCUUCUGUAUUGCCUUUCAUGUAAACGUAUCUUGCAUUCUUGUGAGAAGAGUCACCUUUUUGUACAGUAAAUCUUCAUGGUUUUUGAAAAGUUAACCUUGGGUUAACACGGAUUAUGAAUUGUUAACCAAAGUUUACAUGCUUUAUGAAUUGUUAACCUAGAGUUAACUUGGUUUAUGAAUUGUUAACCUAGAGUUACCUUGGCUAAUGAAUUGUUAACCUAGAGUUAACUUGGCUUAUGAAUUGUUAACCUAGAGUUAACUUGGUUUAUGAAUUGUUAACCUAGAUUUAACUUGGUUUAUGAAUUGUUUACUCACAGUUAACUUGGUUUAUGAAUUGUUAACCUAAGGUUUUCAUGUUUAUCUCCUCGGUAUUAAAGAGGCACAAAUAAUGUGAUGUAACAUAGUGUUAGAAAAUGUUGGAAUGUAAGUAUAACCUUGUAACAUUUGAAGUUCAUUCUGUAAAAGCAGAGAUUUAGUCACUAAAAUGUGGACAUUAUGCCAGCCGUGUCUCCCCGAAAAAAACCCCAAAUGGGACAGUUAAAACAACGUUAUGAUGUUCUUAGGAAUAAUUGAAAAGGACUGAUUACUGCUUUUACAGAUUGACAACAAACACAAUUUUAAUUUAAUUUGCAUAUUUGCAACUAAAA